UUUCGGUGGCUGUUCGUGUGUUUCCGUCUUUUCCCGGAUGUCUACAUGAAGAUGGAAUCUCCCAGUAAGAACUGGUUGCAACCGGUUGUUAGAUUUUUUUGUGUGAGGGAAAAGACGAGCAGCAGCGUAAAGGUUCCCACAUUUACUCUAGCUGAUAGCUUACCUUUUUUUAAUUGGAAAAAAAUAAUAAAUCAUUCUGCUGCAUUUUUCAAAGCUUUCUGAUUCAGUGGGAGAUUAAACGAGAGAAACCAACCAUCCUCUUUUAAGUUUGUGCACAUGAAGAUUAAUUUAUUUUCACCUCCAGCUUUGUAAGCGAGGAGGGGAGCGAGAGGAGAGAUAAAAAGCACGCGGGACACGACAGAAGAAAUCAUACAUAUAUAUAGUGUUUAUUGUAUCAUUAUUGGGACAACUGUUGCUAAGUGAGCACUUCUUAGUGAAGACCAAAGAAAGAGCCUUCCUACACUUGAGCUCUUUUUAUUUAUCUUCCUCAUCUUGGAUAAAUUUACAGUUCAGCUCAGGAGAAUCUCGAGGAGGGAUUUAUAAUCAUUUGGACCCCAUGCCAACAAUUAUGACCACCGACCACCCUGCACGUCAGCUUCUGGACUUCAAUCAGAAGCUAGAUAUUAAUCUACUGGACAAUGUUGUAAAUUGCUUGUAUCAUGGUGAGGGCCCACAGCAACGAAUGGCACAAGAGAUAUUAACCCAUUUAAAAGAACAUCCCGAUGCUUGGACCAGGGUGGAUACCAUUCUAGAGUUUUCUCAGAAUAUGAAUACAAAGUAUUAUGCCUUACAGAUACUGGAAAAUGUGAUCAAAACCCGUUGGAAAAUACUUCCAAGAAAUCAAUGUGAAGGAAUAAAAAAGUAUGUUGUUGGCUUAAUCAUUAAAACAUCUUCAGAGACUUUGGAGAAAGAUAAAGUUUAUCUUGGAAAACUGAAUAUGAUUCUUGUCCAGAUCCUUAAACAUGAAUGGCCCAAAAACUGGCCCACAUUCAUUAAUGAUAUAGUCGGAGCCAGCAAAACCAGUGAAUCUCUAUGUCAGAACAACAUGGUUAUUUUAAAACUGCUCAGUGAAGAAGUGUUUGAUUUCUCUAGUGGGCAGAUGACGCAGGUGAAAGCCAAGCAUUUAAAAGACAGUAUGUGCAAUGAAUUCUCGCAGAUAUUUCAACUCUGUCAGUUUGUGAUGGAGAACUCCCAGAAUGCCCCUUUAGUGCAUGCGACCCUGGAGACAUUGCUGCGGUUUCUGAACUGGAUUCCUUUAGGUUACAUCUUCGAAACAAAGCUCAUCUCUAGCUUGGUGUACAAGUUUCUGAAUGUGCCCAUGUUUCGAAAUGUCACAUUGAAAUGUUUGACAGAGAUUGCUGGCGUUGGUGUCAGUCAAUAUGAUGAACAGUUCAUCUCGUUGUUUACAUUAACACUUAUUCAGCUCAAACAGAUGCUACCUGUGAAUACUAACAUUCGCCUUGCAUAUGCAAAUGGGAAGGAUGAUGAACAGAAUUUCAUCCAGAAUCUGAGUCUUUUCUUAUGUACUUUCUUGAAGGAGCAUGGCACCUUAGUAGAAAGGACAAUGGAGCUCAGAGAGGCACUCUUGGAUGGCCUACACUAUAUGAUUCUUGUAUCAGAAGUGGAAGAGAUAGAAAUUUUUAAGAUCUGUUUGGAAUACUGGAAUCAUCUGGCAGGAGAGCUUUACCGUGAAAAUCCCUUUUCUAUUAGUGCAUCUCCUGCUCUGGGCAAUCCUCACAGUGACGUCCCACCUCGGAGACAGAUCUACCUACCAGUGCUGUCAAAGGUGAGGCUUAUCAUGAUUAGUCGAAUGGCAAAACCAGAAGAGGUGCUUGUUGUGGAGAAUGAGCAGGGAGAAGUUGUUCGGGAAUUCAUGAAGGACACUGACUCCAUCAAUCUAUACAAAACAAUGAGAGAGACACUUGUCUAUCUCACACAUUUAGACUAUGCUGACACAGAAUGCAUUAUGACUGAGAAGCUGCACAAUCAAGUGAAUGGUACAGAAUGGUCAUGGAAAAACCUGAAUACACUUUGUUGGGCUAUUGGUUCCAUCAGUGGUGCAAUGCAUGAAGAGGAUGAGAAACGAUUCCUUGUCACAGUCAUCAAGGAUUUGCUGGGCCUUUGUGAACAAAAACGUGGGAAGGAUAACAAGGCUAUUAUCGCCUCUAACAUUAUGUACGUGGUGGGACAGUAUCCCCGGUUCCUGCGAGCUCACUGGAAGUUCCUAAAGACAGUGGUGAACAAACUCUUUGAGUUUAUGCAUGAGACUCAUGAUGGUGUCCAGGACAUGGCUUGUGACACAUUUAUUAAGAUAGCCCAAAAGUGCAGACGCCACUUUGUUCAAGUGCAAGUAGGAGAGGUGAUGCCUUUCAUUGAUGAGAUCUUGACCAAUAUUAACACUAUCAUUUGUGAUCUGCAGCCUCAUCAGGUGCACACAUUCUAUGAAGCUGUUGGUUACAUGAUUGGAGCUCAAACUGAUCAAACUGUCCAGGAGCAUUUAAUUGAGAAAUACAUGCUGUUGCCUAACCAGGUGUGGGACAGCAUUAUUCAGCAAGCAACAAAGAACGUGGACAUUUUGAAGGAUGCAGAGACGGUGAAGCAGCUUGGCAGCAUCCUGAAGACCAACGUGAGAGCCUGCAAGGCAGUUGGACAUCCAUUUGUCAUUCAGCUAGGACGGAUAUAUCUGGACAUGCUCAACGUGUAUAAGUGUUUGAGUGAGAAUAUCUCUGCAGCUAUCCAGGCCAAUGGUGAAGUUGUUACCAAACAACCUUUAAUCAAAAGCAUGAGAACAGUAAAGAGGGAGACUUUAAAGCUGAUAUCAGGGUGGGUGAGCCGGUCCUCCGAUCCCCAGCUGGUUGCAGAAAACUUUGUCCCCCCGCUGCUUGACGCAGUUCUGAUCGACUACCAGAGGAAUGUCCCUGCAGCCCGGGAGCCUGAGGUUUUGAGUACAAUGGCCACCAUAGUGAAUAAGUUGGAGAACCACAUUACUGCAGAAGUACCCCAGAUCUUCGAUGCCUUGUUUGAGUGUACUCUGGACAUGAUCAACAAGGAUUUUGAAGAGUAUCCAGAGCACAGGACUAACUUCUUUCUGCUUCUUCAAGCAGUCAAUAGUCAUUGUUUCCCUGCAUUCCUGAACAUACCUCCAGCCCAGUUCAAAUUGGUCCUUGACUCCAUUAUCUGGGCUUUCAAACACACCAUGAGGAACGUGGCUGAUACAGGGUUGUCUAUACUUUAUACUCUCCUGCAGAAUGUCGCACAGGAAGAGACAGCUGCCCAGAGCUUUUAUCAAACGUAUUUCUGUGACAUUCUUCAGCACAUCUUCUCAGUGGUGACAGAUACUUCGCACACCGCUGGAUUAACUAUGCACGCCACCAUCUUGGCGUACAUGUUCAGCCUAGUGGAGGACGGCAAGAUCACAUUGUCUUUGAGCCCAGCGACCCCCAAUAUCAACAAUCAGAUCUUUGUGCAAGAGUUUGUGGCCAACUUGUUGAAAACUGCCUUUCCUCAUCUCCAAGAUGCGCAGAUCAAAGUUUUUGUGACUGGUCUGUUCAGCCUCAACCAAGACAUUCCAUCCUUCAAAGAACAUCUGAGAGAUUUCCUUGUACAGAUAAAGGAAUUUGGUGGUGAAGACACUUCAGACCUGUUCCUGGAGGAGAGGGAAACAGCUCUGCGUCAGGCCCAGGAGGAGAAGAGAAAGCUUCAAAUGACUGUUCCAGGGAUCUUAAACCCACACGAAAUAGCAGAGGAAAUGUGUGAUUGAAUGAACCCAAAGUGUUACCAGAAAGAAUGGAUGGGGAAAGGGAGGGUGGGGUUUGGGGGUGGGGUUGAGAAACGAAUGAGGCAAGGACAGCGAGUGAAUGUGUGUGAUUGGGAUAGCAAAUGGAACAAAUCCUUCAUCGGUUUGAUGUGAUGGGACUUCUUAAAAAUUGAAAUUCCAGCCUGUAUGUUUUGUUUCCUUGCAAUUACCUCAGGAGAGAGUUUUGUAUUGUUAGAGAACGCUUCACUGUUUCUCAUGUUUCCUCCCCGGGUUAAAGUUGUACUUCUGAAUCAAGAACCUGUUGACAACUAAACCUGCAGCCAGUGUUCCACUUUGGGUCGUAUGGUGUUGUACAGCUUGAGCUAACUCAAUGGUUUAAACCAUGAUGUAGAACUUCUCGAAAUAUUCUCUAGUUCAGUUUUAUAUUAAACCCAGCCUGGUGAGCUUCAUAAACUUGGUCUCUGCAGAAUGCUUUAAAAGUCACAAUGUUUUGUGCAGACUGAGGCAAAAUGCAAUAUUUGACUGUGCUCAGAUUGAAUCUGAUUGGUUGUUUGGGCGAUGCUUUCGUUGACCUGAAUGAAUGUGUCGUACUUGGGUGAAAGAGAGGCUGAGGCGUACAGUUUGUUCUUUUAUAACCUGCUCAUGUUAACUAAUUAUGCUAUAAAAUUCUCUGUGUGGUUCCUAGCUCGUAGUCUUAUCUUGGCAGGGUUCACUGCAGCUUAGUAUUCUGUGGAAGCUUUGAAAGGUGAUGGAUUGGGUUGGAUUGGGAUUGGAGCAUUAAUUUGUUGGUAUGAAAACGAGCAUUCUGUUUGGAUGACACGGAGAUUUGGAAAUUUUUUAAAUGAAUGUUAACACACCCAGUUUUUAAGUAACAUGUUGUUUGAUGCCAAAAGUGCAAAAAACAUUUGUGUGCCCGUGUAGAAUAUUGUCCACAUGGCUGUUGGGGAGGAAAUUGGUGUUUAUGAAAGGGUCAACUUGAGUUAGCCUUGUGGUCUUGCCUUCAUUACUUAACAAUCCUCUGGAAAGUGCAGUGUUGGCUCUUUUUCCUGCAUUUCCCCCAAGAAACUUUGCUCAGGUUUGCCCUAUGACAGAGUUUCACCCUUUUUUAAAGCAAAUUGACUGAUUUGUGUGAAAUCCCAUUGCCCACACAUACCGAAUUAAAGGCUUUUAUCCAAUAAAAUAUUUAAGUGACAAUCAUAACCAUGAGUAGAAGUUGGAUGUUAUGCCCCAAAGCAUGCUCCGCCAAGUAAUAGGUCACAAAUGUUCUACCCACCCCCACAACACACUCAAUCUCACCUGUGUGCAAUCCCUGCCCAAUCGUGAAUUUGAAUUCACUUUUUUGAUUUCAAAAAUCUAUCUAGUUAGAGAUUUAUGGAGUUAGUGGAUGCCAAUUACCACUUUUUUUCUGGAAGGAGAUAGAAGAUAUUAUUGUGUCUGAUGUAAACUUUUUUUUUGUGUUUGCUAGUUUCUAAGCAGCAGAGGUCUGGAUAGGGGGAGUUCACUACUGGGUCCAAAAGAGGGAACCCUGGCACUUCAGUGCAUGGGGAAAGAGGAGAUUUCCAUCACCUCCACCUCCAUAUACCAAACCUCAGAAGUUGAUGUUUACUUUCCUGGUCAUUCAACCAGUUUCAGCUGCAUUCUGACCAUGUAAUCUGACUGAAAACGUUCAAUAAUCCACAGUGUUUUGAUGCUGUCAAAUGUGCUUCAGUCCAUCACUUUGAAUUGCUGAGCAAAGAUGCUAAACACAGAGUAGGGCCAAGUUGCGGGAAUGCACAAUCGAGGAAGGGGCCAGGGAAGAUAUAUUCUGAGAAACCAAAUCUGCAUACACCCUUCUGCCACUCAACCAUCACUCCUCCAACACUGAAUCAUUAAGAGAAAAUAAACUGAUCCCAAUCAUUCCACUCUUGUUUAGUCUUAGUUUCCCUUCUCAUUCCUUCUGCUCCAACCCUCAAAAAAAAAAUAAGUAAGGGAAGCCUAGUUUGCACUUCCCUUUGUUAAAACCGCAAAAUCUCGAAAUGGUGUCUGGUCUACUUUUAAGUUAAACUUUACUCAAAUGGUAAGGUGAGAGCUGCUGGUUGAGGGGAGGGCAGUUCAUGCUCCCUGUGAUCCUAAUGUAGCCCACAUGAUUCAAACAGUUGGAAUUAAUUUCUCUUAGUGUGGAAUUAGUGUAAAUACAUUUAAUGGUGGAGGAUGUUACAUGAUUGAUUCUUCAUUCUGCUCCCUCCCUACUUUACAUAAAAUCACCGUUUCAGCAGCUGUCUCUGCUUGCUAUUAAAGAUAUUUCAACUGGGCUGUUGGCUGUUCAAAAGGUUGGGAGGUGUUCCCACACUCUGGGGUCACUGAGGUAUGGAAUAAAUGCAAUGCAUUUUGUGCAGUGGGCUGUAGAACUAGAUUUAUUUUAUAAAGCUGGUAUCCCUGUCUGCAUUCAUUAGAUCCAGAAAUGACUCUUUUAUUCAGGUGCAAAUGCUGUACUCACAAUACAAAGAAGUUUAUGCUAAAUGCAUACUUAACUUGUACGCAAAUUUUUGAUCACUCCAAAAAUUCCUUUAAAUUAGCCCUAAAAUUUCUGCAGCUGCAUUCUAUACCAGUGUGUAUGCUACUUUUGACUUUUACUAAUUUUUUUUUGUGACUGAACUUUUUAAUCUAAAUUAAUUGGAUUUGAGGUAUUUGUUCAGAAUGAGCCUGCCUGAGAGAAAGAUGGCUAAUUUCAUUUUAAAGUAUAACUCCAUUCCCUAUGUCCCAUGUCACAUUCAAGCUGUUCCAGUUGAGAGGAUUAAUUUUUGUUUCAUGGCUGUCACAGGAACAUAAGCUUUCUUGUUUUUUGCCUGCAGUGUAUCGUAUAUACAUGCAUACAGAGAGAUAGUGUUGUCCACCUAGUAUGCGUGCAUGUAAAUUUUGGUUCUCUUGUGUGUGUCUAGAUACAUUUAAUGCUUUAAGGAGGUGAUUAUGGACUGCUGUGUCUUUUCAUUACUUGUACAGAAAGUCUUGUUUAAGAAUCUGUGUAACUUUAUUGAUUUACACUAUACUAGAAAUGUUUUAUUUGAUUUGAAUUUGUAGCAGGAAAUUGGAAGCAACCUGCGUCCACCUGCAGAAGUCAAGUACCUCCCUAACUUUGUUGAAAAAAAAAUCUGUACAGCCUGUAAUUAAGAUGCCUAGAACAGAAAUGUUAUUUUUUUAAUAAGAUUUUUGUUAAAUUAGAUGGUAGUUAUUGGUAAGUGUGUCAUGCAGUGUAUCUUCUUUCAUUUUUUUGUAUUUUUAUUUUUAAACUGAAUUGUACUCUAACCUGCGAUUUGUUUAACAUAUAAUUCUGCUACUUUUUUUGUUUUAAACUAUUCAGUUUUCCUCCAUGAGGAGUCACCCGAAUACAGAAGGACCUCAAUGUUUUUUAAACUUUUUUUUAAAAUAAAGUGUGUGCCACUGUGGUUGUGACUUUGAGAAGGGUGUGUGUGAUUGCAUGUGUGUUUUUAUGUGCACCUCUUAUGUUUUGGUGCGUUUUUCAAUAAAAAAAGUGACUAGCAACACAAGUGAUUUCUCUGAUAGAUACUGCUGUUUGCAAUCAAGAUUUCAACUUGUACAGGUUUGCUUUAAUUUUCGCAACAUUUCUUGUUUUGCAGUAUUGGGUGUGUAUGGACUGGUUGUUUUAUAGUUAGAGACCCAUUCUCUUGACUUUUUUUGAUUUUACUUAUUUCAGUUGGAACUUUUGUGAGGGAGGGGAAAGGGUAGAAAGUAAUUUGCUUUAUUUUCUAUAAUAAGGGGUUAUAGACACCAAGAAGUAAGGGAAGCAGAGGAGAAUCUCAUCUCUUUCUAACUAGGAUGUGUUACUAAUUAGUCUGGAGUAGAGAUAUGCACUUUCUCGCCAUCUCCUACUGCUUUAAAGAGAGACCUUAUUCCACGUUUUCUUUUGAGUUUUUUUGUAGGAGCAUGGUAUGCAGAUUUGAGAUAUGGAGUGUGCAAAUUGUAUUUUAUAUAUUUUAAAUAGAAGAUGAUUUUAGAAAUUGCUACUCAAUGUUGAUAAGAGCCAUCAGUGGCAUGCUUUCAGUGAACUCUGGAGUUGAUGGGCUUCAUUCAUCGAUGUGUUAUUCAGUAGGCUUUAACGCAUGAUUGUAAUUGAAUAGAUAUAAUUUAAGAAGUGAAUAUAAAGCUGCACAGUUCCAAUUAUCAACAUAUUAGUGCAAAUGUGGUCUCAUCAAGGCCCUGUGCAGUUGCAGCAAUCUCUGUUCUUGUACUCGAAUCCUUUCACUAUGAAGGUCAACAGUUAAUUUGCCACAUUCACCACUGGCUGCAAGCUUGGAUGUUUAUUUUAACAAUUGGUGUACAAUGACACCCAGGUCUGACUGCACCUCCCCCUUUCCCAAUCCAUUGCCAUUCAUAAUUUCUGACGGUAAUUGCUUUAAAACAAGCUCCAGUGAACAGAGAGCCAGUAUAUCAUCAGAUUUGAAGCUAUGCUAGUGUUGGAUUAUGCGAGUUAAAAGGGGGAGGAGGUGGGCAGAUAAACUUAUACAUUGGAAUUUACUAGUAUGGUAAAUGGUGAUAUUUACAUAGGAGGAAAACCAUUUCACCCAGCCAGGAGACCAUAAAUUCUUUAAUUUUUUUUUUGUCACCUUCACUUCCCAAAUGCAGAAUUAGUUUGUACUCAAAAUGGUUCCAGAGUUCUCUGCCUCUACUGUUCCAUCUGAGAAUCCAUGUAUCAGUCACUUUAUCUCAAGAUUAUCAUUAGGAUUGUGGACAUUCAAUUUAUGGGUAACCAUUUGGCCCAUCUGGACUUGGUCAGCAGUGCCAAUUUAAUCCUUUUAAUUUCCUUCUCCAUGUGACCAGCUUUGCAGUACUUCUCCAUAAACUGGUGCUGCAAGAUGUACUCAUUGUGGUUACAAUGUCACUGAAAACAGAAUCUCCAGAAGCUUUUUCAUCUUGCAUUCAUCAGCAUAACUGCAAGAAUGCAAAAUCGUAAAUGAUCACAACAAUUUGUAUUACAGGAGGAAAAAGGUACUGAUUGGUUGUUUGGUAGUUUCACUCUGGUUGAGAUUGGUCAUGGAAUAUUUCCUACUGCUUUAUCAUUGGGGGAGAGGCAGAGUCCUUGCCAAUCAGGAUCUCUUUUCUUCCUGUGGUAUAAAUUGUGACAAUUUGAAGUUUGGCUGUCUUUAAUGAGUGCAAGACAAAAAAGAUUCAACUUCUGUUUAUGUUCUGGAGUACGGAAAGAUUAAUGUCUCCCUCAGUCUGAGAUGUUUUGCUGUCUUACACUGUACUGGCUAGAGUACAUUGCAUCAUUGAGGAGAAAGUGAGGUCUGCAGAUGCUGGAGAUCAGAGCUGGAAAUGUGUUGCUGGAAAAGCGCAGCAGGUCAGGCAGCAUCCAGGGAACAGGAGAAUCGACAUUUCGGGCAUAAGCCCUUCUUCUUACAUUGCAUCAUUAUCAAUUGGGAAGAUAAUAAGUGUUUGGCUCUUAUUUGUAUGGAUCAGAAUUUUUUUUAAGACAGAAACUGACCUUGACUUCUGAUACUUUAUUCAAAUCAAUAAAUGUGAGCAUUUUGUUAUUUCAGUUUUCAUAUCAAAAGGCUUGAACAGGAGAGGACUGUAUUUAAAAUGUUCAAAAUUUGAGCAUUUUUUGAUUAAAUAUAGUCUGUCUAGUUUCUAAUUGUAUUCUGUUCUGUUUUAAAGGUUAAGUGUUCAUAAUAGGAGUAUUGUUGAGAACAGGGAUAUUGUCAUUUUUAUCAUAUCCAGUAAUAUAAUGAGUUGAUGUGUGAAGAGACAGUGUGAUUAUUCAUUACUGCUUUACAUUUUCUUUUUGAAGUGAAUGCGCUUUUGCACAGUAGCUGCACAAAUCUUUGAGCCUUUUCCAGCUUGUGUGAAUUAGUGCAUGCAGACAUGUCAGCAGCCUGGCAAGUUGUGGUACACCCUCCCUUCAGUUUCUAAAUCAUUGGGGUAUGGGAAGAUGAGCAGGUAAUUUUUGCUGAGAUCUGCUUCUCUACCUGUGUAUGCAUUACACAAAUGCAUAAGAGGUGAGGCUUCCUGAUGCAUUUACGUGCCCACUUUUGAUGAAAAGACAAAGACAAAACUUCUUCUACCAAACAAAAAUCCAGUUGUUUAUUUCUGGAAAUUCUCUCCCCACUUCCUGCGCUCCCUUACAAAGCGACAAGAAUGAGAGCAUUGUUUUGAUUUUGAGUUGCCCCAGGUAGUCAUUUUAAUGUGGAACGAAGUAAUAGUAUGAAAUUGAGCUGGGGUUUGUUUGCAGCUGUCAGAGUAAUGGGUAUUUUGUUUUACAAGUGCAUGACAAUUAGACAAAGAGGCUGAUCUAUGAAUCCUACAUUUAUUAGUUGCAGAUCUACACAUUAUUUAUGUCCUUAAUUGUAAAGAACAAGAAACUCAUUCUGAUUCCAAAGCUUGUGGAUAAUUGGAAAGCUUAUGUUAGCACUCUACCGAGACCAGAAGAUCAGUUUUCCUCUCCAUUAUUCUGGAUAAAUACAACAUGGUCCUUUUGUGGGCGAAUUAAACCCUUCUGUGAUUGCUUUAAUUACACUAUUUUCAAUACUCUUUUUAUACCAUCCUUAUACUUUGAGGAAUGAGUUUUAUGUGAAGUAUUCUCCAUGCAUUUUAAAUUGUAAUAUUAUUGAAACUGAUCUUGAUGUUUUCCUGUUUUGAGGCUAGUCCAACCACGGCUGGAUAACUGUGCAAGAUUGGGUGGUAUGUGAAUGGCCAGUUUUCAGCUUUUCAAAAUCCACUGGGGAGAGCUUCUCUUUCCUAUAUGAAAGGAAGUGACUAUUUCAGGAAGCUUGAUAUUUACACAGAGAGCAUAUGCUUUUUGGACUGUUUGCUUUUAUUAAAAUGUUUAGUGGUAUGGUGGUUCUGGAUUCUGACUUGGAGUUACUGACACUGUGAGGAAGCUGGUCUCGCUUAAUGAAGAGCAACGACAAUUCAUCAUUUUGAAUUCUCUCCACUCCACAGCCAACAUGAGAUUUGUUCUGUGAUUUUUUUUUCUUUUUUCUCAGCAACUUAUCUUUCAAAAUUAAUCCUGUACUUCAGCUAUAACUCCUGCCCUUAUAAGAAAGCAUAAACUAAUAAUCUGUCUUCUGUACUUGUUAUUUAAUGUCAUUAACAUACAUAGUUAACAAUAAAUGUUCAAACUAAUCAUUUGAAGGUGGACAAAUUUCAGGGCCCAAAGAUAUGGAUGGGAGAGGGGGGAAACACCUAAAUAUAUGAACCUCUUCAAACAAUUCCCUUUUUUGUCAGAAUUGCAGUCAAAGCAUUAUUGCAUAUUCAAGCAUAGUGUGUUGUAGACUGACUACAGAGAGGGACCAAUUUCUAUAAUAGCUAUUAAUUUUUAAACAUAGCAACCAAAAAACGUUUUUAAAAGCGAUGGAAAUGUAUUGACAGCAAUCAUUUUUGACAAGUUAAUACAUUUUUUUCAGUUUUAAGAAAAUGUUCAGUCUUACCUUUUUCUCUCUCAACCAUCCCUACCCCAUCCUAAUCAAUUAGUGAUCCCUGUUUAUUGGCAAGUGUAUCUCUGGGUUUAAUGAAAAUACUGAUGCCUGGAUGUUUUUGAAAAAAAAAAUUCCUGUAGCUGAUUUUAACUGUCUGACGAUUGUAGUAAUUAGAAACUUAACUGUCAUUUUAAAGAUCCAUGAAUGUGUGAGAGAGACAGAGUGUUAUGUAUGCAUGAGAGAUGUUCUUUCAUACCUGGUAUUCUAUUUGGAAACAGUUAGAUCAGUGGAACUUACAAUGUAUAGUCCUCACUGAGCUUGCUUGGUUGACUGUAACUAAGAUCUUUUAAUGCUGAUUUGUGAAGAACUUCAUUUAAUUCUUUUUGAAGCACUGGCUAGCAUUCUUUAAUUGGAGUGCUUGAUUGUACCUUUUUAUGUAUAAAUAUUCUGUCCCAUAUCUGGGACUAAAAUAUUAAAAAAAAAACUGCCUUAA